UGAUGGUGACUGAAACGCGGAAGUUUCUGUUGGAGAUUUCAACAACUGAAACAAAGCCACUGACGUUGACUGCACCGCAGGGGUUUCUGCAGAAGAUUUCAAUUUCAACAACUGAGACAACCGAGGGACAGUUUGAUGAAAUUUUUGAAAUGUACCCGACUGAACACAGAAAGAUGUAUUUAGUGGACGCUGGCCUGGCAUUCAACUCUCCAUAUCCCCUUAUACUGCGACCAGAGCGACAAGUUGAUAUUAUCCUGUCAUUUGAAUUCAGCAGUAGAAAAAGUGACAAAGCAAAUCCUCUAUCGGAACUUGUUCUAGCCGCUGAGUGGGCAAAACUGAAUAGAUUUCCUUUCCCUGAGAUUGACCCAACGGUGAUAGAUCGGGAAGGAUUCAAGGAAUGUUAUUUGUUUGAAAACCCUGAAGACCCUAAUUUCCCGAUCGUCAUGCAUUUCAUUCUCUACAACAAUCAAUUCAGAAAGUUUAAAUCUCCAGGCAUUCCUAGGGUGACACCGGAAGAAUUAGAAUACGGCGACUUUGAUGUGUUUGACGAUCCGGAUAAAACGUAUGCAACAACAAAUUUCAGUAUUCAAACAAAGCUUUCAACCGCCUUGCAAAUCUGAUGGAAUUCAACACACUGCUAUGCAAAGAUCUGAUAAUUGAGAUAUCAGAAAAUGUGUGAAGCGAAAAAAUCAGAUAUAAAAGGAAAAAUUUGGCAGGCGUAGAAAGCUAAAUCUAGAUUGAUUGACAAUACUUUGAAAACUAAAAUUGAAAAAAUAAUGUACUAAAGUGUAUGUGUUUUGUUUUACUUAAAAAACUGGAUUUUCAUUUAUUGAUUGCAAGAUUUUAACAAAAUGUGAAUCAUUUUAAAGUUGGUUGUAUCACAGGAAAUAAACCUAAAACUGUUCCAAAUUGUUCACUACAAUUCCAAAUUGGUAAUUGAUAUGUUGCAUGAAAGACAGAAUGCUUUUAAAAGAACUUAUGAUUAUUGAAACUGUAAGAUGGUUAGUGUAUAUAUUGUACUGCAACUAUUUAUAUGCAAAACACGAAAACGGGGAUUUGGUACUCCGAUAGAAACUGUAUUUGCAGUGUCCUUUGAAUCUGAAAUUAUCGCUUGCAAUUCUUACAGAGAGUGUGUGUUGAUAAGUAAAUCGUGAAAAGAUUGCUAGAUUGACUGUUUAUUUUUCAUGAUGGUUACAAAAGUAACAUUUGCCUAAUUUCUGUAAUUCUACUUGUACUACAUGGAUCUUUAUCUUUUAAUUUGUUCACUUAAACUUGUCCUGUUGUAAUAAGAGUUCAAUGUUUUGCCAUGGAGACAGUUCUUGUAGAUCUUAUAAAAUUUGAGU